AUGGAGCUACUCCACAGUACAAAACAAUGGUUACAUCAUGUUCGAUAUUUGAGCAAGGUUGUGUACAUAAAAAUGAUUUUUGGUGCAUUUUAUAACUUUCUUGGUUUCGAAACUCAUUUGAUUUAUCGAUUAAAACUGGCAUUUGCUCGACAAUUCUCAAUCCCCAUUUCCAUUAGAGUGGCUGCCGCCGCCUAUGGCCGCCGGCCCGCCAAUGGUGUGACUGUAAAGGGCGAGCCUGAUAUCAGCUUUGAAAUGUAUGAAGAUUUUACUUUUCCUACAGCUGCGCUGCCANCCAAUGGUGUGACUGUAAAGGGCGAGCCUGAUAUCAGCUUUGAAAUGUAUGAAGAUUUUACUUUUCCUACAGCUGCGCUGCCAGAAAGCGAGACGGAAGUGGAUAUUGAACCAGUGGCACCACCACCCCGGGGAAAGCACUACAGAGGGGUUCGGCAGCGGCCGUGGGGGAAGUUUGCGGCGGAGAUAAGGUACCCUGCGAAGAAUGGCUCCCGUGUGUGGCUAGGGACUUAUAAGACGGCGGAGGAUGCUGCAUUAGCGUACGACAGGAGCCGGUCAAGAUUACUAAAAAAUCAUCGUCGUCUUCGCCUAGUCGUUCUGCAUCUUCCGGGUAUCGGAUGGGCUGCCUAAGAAGCGGAAAAGGGCGGUGGGAGAGGUGGCGCCACCGGUGGUUCAUGGUAGGAAGCAAGUGGAAAGUAGUGGGCCGAAAAGGGUACGAGAGAAGUCUGUUCCGUGGUGAUAAAAAUUAAAAUGUUUUGAUUUAUUUUCUGUACAAAUUUUUCACUAGUUAAAUAAAAUUG